AUGUCUGAACAAAAAGGAUAUUAUGGACAACCACCGCAACAAGGAUAUCCACCACAACAACCGUAUCCUCCUCAGAAUCAAGAUUAUUAUGGUGGAGGUGGUGCUCCGCAAGCACCACCACAACAACAAGGAUACUAUCAACCAACACCACAACCACAAACAAUUGUAGUUCAACAAGCACCAAAGAAGGAUAAUAGUGGUUUAUGUUUAGGAUGUGCUCUUGGUGCCUGUUUAUGUUGCUGUCUUGACGAAUGCUGUUAG